AUGAAGUUCCUGAUUGUCCUUGUUCUUGCUGCCCUGGCUCAGGCCGACCCUAUCUACCGAGUGGACCCUGCUGUGGUAUCCUAUGAGGUACCCCUGGUAGCAGCUGACACCACUGAGGCAGCAGUUUUCAAGACGCUGUCCUCAUACACUGACGCCUUCAACAGAGCUUACAACGCCUUCGCCCCAGCCACCGCCCUUGUAUACACUCCGGCCGCCGCCCCUGCCUAUGCCCCUUCCGCUGCCCCAGUUGCUAUCGCUGCAUACGCUCCUUCUGCCGUCAAAGCGUACGAAUAUGCCCCAGCUGCCUUCCCUGCCUAUGCCUCUACCGCUGCCCCAGCUGCUAUCGCUACAUACGCUCCUUCAGCCGUUAAAGCGUACGAGUAUGCCCCUGCACCUGCCCCAGCUGCCGUCGCCGCUUACGCUCCUGCUGACGUGAAAGCGUAUGCUCCAGCUGCAGCGCCAGCCACCGCCCUAGCCUUCGCCCCAGCCGCCGCCCCAGCUUACGCUCCAGCUGCCGUCGCUGCCUAUGCUCCUGCUGCAACCCCUGCCUACGCCUCUGCCGCCACCCCUGCAUUCGCUCCAGCUGCCGUCGCUGCCUACGCUCCUGCUGCUGUCCCAGCGUAUGCUCCAGCUGCCGUCCCUGCAUAUCAUUCUCUGGCCUCUGCUGCGGUCCCUGCCUACGCCGCAGCUUAUGCUCCCGCUUACGCCCAAGCCUAUACCCCAGCUGUUGCUCCAGUAUAA